AUGUUUGAUAAUGAACGAUACCUACCUGCCUUAUGUAAUCCGUCACCAAUCAAGCCGCCUCCUCCAUCACACGGAUCGAGCACUGAAUCCGCGCCGUCCGCUGCUCACCGUCCGUUCGCCACCCACCACCUGCUAAACCGACAGUCACCAGCAAGCGAGCGCCCCCCGGUCUUCGCCAGCCCCCCGCCCCCCUCCUUCCUCGCCCCUCCGCCCCCGGCAUUCUCAGCCCAAAGGGCGGUCGCCGCCCUCAAUAAUUCACCAACGGCAUCUCUCGCCCCUCCUCAUCACCAGACGUCCGCGAUAGCUGCGUCCCGCUCUGCGGCGAUGCGCACUUGCAUUGGCCGCGCGCUCGCUCGCUCGCGCUCUCGUCCGUCCCCAUUCGCCGUCCCUCUCGCACUCAUUAGGCGGGCCCCGGCGCGUGCAUUAUACAGCGUGUUUGGCGUCGAUCUUGUGAGACGGGCACGUGAGGGGGCGGCGGAGGGGGAGGGGGACCGGCGCGAAUGCGAUAAGGGAGACGGUCCCAGCGGAGCGCCCUGGGGCACGCUGGGACAGGCAGCGGCGCCCCCGCCCUCCCCCCGCCCCCUCACCCUCACCCCCUCGCCCCGGCGAUCGAGCGACGCAGCCUCGGAACAUGCGACGGAAAGUAAACGG